AUCUUGAAUUUGACAUUCCGAUCUUGUCCGAUUUUCCAAAGUAAAUAGCGAUAAAAGUUAAAUUUGUAGCGUUUUUAAGCGAAUAAUCAGUGAGACACGUUCACUCAACCCGGCCCAAGUCCUACAAAAAGUUCGGUAUGUUGUCAUUAUCAGAUCUCAAAGAACCGGAGUUGGUGUGGAAGAUCCAAAAGUACUUUGGGGUUAGAACAAAAACCGGAAAGUCCAGCACCAGCAAUGAAGAAAGUGAUAACAGCUACGUGAUAACGAACAAAUUCUGGUACUAUUUGUUCGUUUUUGGGACGGCACUCGGAGAUGAGGCUUUCUAUUCGUCUUUCAUUCCGUUUUGGUUUUGGAAUAUCGAUGGGGCUGUGGGGCGCAGGGUUGUGCUAAUUUGGACCAUAGUCAUGUACAUUGGUCAGGCCGUUAAGGACAUAAUUCGGUGGCCGAGACCAGGGCCCCCGGUUGUAAGGCUCCAGAGCAAGUGGUCUUUGGAGUAUGGCAUGCCCUCGACCCAUGCCAUGGUGGCUGUGGCCUUUCCCUUCUCGUUCCUGUUGUGUACAGUGAAUAGGUACCAGUACAACAUUCCAUUAGGUCUGGUUAUUGCAGUUCUGUGGUGUUCUGUUGUAUGCCUAAGCAGGCUGUAUCUGGGCAUGCAUUCGGUCUUGGAUAUCGUCGCUGGUUUAGGCCUCACCGUCCUAAUAAUGACUCCCCUUAUCCCCAUAGUUGAUUAUUUAGACAAUUAUUUACUAACGGACCCCACGUCCCCCUUUCUUUUGUUGGUAGUUUCAAUCCUCAUGAUUGUUUACUACCCAAACAGUGGUAAAUGGACACCUACAAGGGGUGACACGGCAAUGAUUCUCUCCGUUUGUGUGGGGAUCCAUUGUGGGGCUUGGCUCAACUACCAGUUGGGGGUAAUGACGACUCCAGACUUGACCCCACCUUAUCCCAUCAUGUGGCCUUCUUACACCAUGUUAGGUUGUACCAUCUUGCGCACAAUAAUCGGUUUUGCUUUGGUUCUUUUAACCAGAGCUGUGUCCAAAACCGCCUCAUACAACUUCAUUUGCGCCCUUUUGAAAGAAAACGCCGAUGUUUUAAAAAAGUCUGAUAACUCGCUGAGUAAUAAGCACAAAACGAUCGUCGACUUGGGUUGCAAAUACGUCACUUGUGGUAUGAUCGGGUUCAACGCUCUUUAUUUCAUUCCACAGUUAUUCAGAUAUUUGCGAAUUGAAAGACCCACGUUUUUUACAGAAAUUUGAUAGUUAAUGUGAUUCAUGUUUAUUUAUUUUUUAUUUAAUUUUAUUGGACUGUUUAUAGUCAACGAUCUGUCACAUUUAUUAAACCGUUGUAGAUCAGAUGCGCUAUCACUGAGACAAUCGGUAAAUCACCGUUCAGUACAUAUCAUUUUUCUGCUGGCAAUGCUCAAUACAGUGAAAAUUAGGGCUAAAAGUGCGACAGGCUUGUGAUAAAGUAAUACAAACAUCAAUUUCAUAACGCCAUAGUGUAGUUAGGUAAAUUUCAUAAUCAAUUUUUAUUGUAAUUAAAUUUAUUCUAAAAAUAUUUAACGAUUCUAAUGAUGCAAUAAUUAACCUCCCACGAGGGGCAUUGUUACUGUUAAAACCUGAAAUAAAAUAAUUAAAUGAA